AUGGCAGGCACAGAAGAUGAACUUUUUGAAGUUGGAGACUCGUUUAAACUUCUCCAGGAAUCGGGAGAAUGGUGGCAAGUGGCUAAACUAAACCACAGGUUUCUGGAGAAACAGAAACCACAGGUGAAGUGCCUUACAACUACCCUCCGAGGGAAGAGACCGUUGAUGUACGACAUUUUUGAAACACUGAAUCGCUUUGAGUCAGAGAAUUUACUUUUGGCCUCUGCUAACACGGUCGGUGCUUUCCUGUUACGAUGCAGCGAAAAGGAUAUGUGCUCUCUGCCCAAGCCACAAGACCUUUCUCACAUCACCAUGGACGAUUGGGAGCUUCCCAAGGGGGAGUUCGUCCUGGAGGAGCAGCUGGGCAGCGGAUUCGUCGCUGACGUCUACCGCGGCACCUGGAAAGGCAUGGUCAACGUAGCCAUCCAGAUCUUGGUUUAUUAGUGUGACUCUAUGGACCACAGAGAGUUCCAGAAGGAGACUCAGGUGCUGAAAAGGCUGAGAAGCGCCCCCUACUACAUCAUCACAGAGAGCGCCCCCUACUACAUCAUCACCGAGCUCACGGAGAAGGGCAACCUGCUCAGCUUCCUGCGAGGUCAGGAGGGUAUGGACCUGCAGACCCUGACAUACAUGGCAAACCAGGUGGCUGAAGGGAUGACGUAUCUGGACGAGCAAAACAGCUUCCACAGAGACCUGGCAGCCCAGAACGUUCUGAUGGGGGAAGACAACAAUUGCAAAGUGGCUAAUUUUGGUCUGGCAUGGAUAAUCAAGGAACGAGUUUACCUGUCUGAAGAUAAAAAUAUCCCAUAUAAGUGGAGUCCUCCUGAGGCCAUUAGCCAUGGACGAUUCUCCAGAAAAUCUGACGUCUGGUCUUUUGGCCUCCUCCUCUAUGAAAUCUUCCCUUAUGGUGGAUGCCCUUAUCCAGGCUGCUCCAACCAUGAGGUCUAUCAGUUGAUCUUAGAUGGGUACAGAAUGCCCGUCCCCUCCAAAUGCCCAUUACAUGAAAUCAUGUUGAAGUGUUGGAUGGAGGAUGCAGAAGAAAGACCAAGCUUCAGGGAUCUCACUGUUUAUGGAGAAUGCCGGUUGGCUACUGGACUUCCACAUACUGCGAUACGUUUUUCAGAUCCAACAGAGGGCAGCAGUGAGUUAGGACACAAUGAAGAGGCUUGA